GCGUCGACAGAAUGAAUCCUCCUUGCAAAAUAUUCCUCGUACCUGCCCCACGCCCAGCUCAGUAAAACGAGUUGGGUCAGUGAGAUGAGUUAUUUACGAGGCCCCGCGCAGGUAGCGUCGGGUGCUCUUAAAAAUACCCACAAAGCGUGGCGUUGCUCCUUCAAUGGCGUGCUCGCACCUCGGGAUGCUCACUCACACUGCGCAUCCACAAAUUUGAAGUAGAACAGGGAUUUCACGGUCACUGUGGCAACAAAGAUCUGCUCGCGCCGAGUUUCACCAGUCUGCAAAUGAGGACGUCGUUGGUUUUGUUCUUCGCCUUCCUGCUUGUCUUCUGGCAGCUGUGGAACUACCUCAUUCCUCUGCAACAAGUCAGCAGGAUAGUCGGUACAGCGUGGAUUGUCCUGACUCUGUCCUAUACGCUGUCUCGGUUAGUUUUCGGACGCGUUUUUGUGAGCGAGGUUGGCGGCGAAGGUCGGGCGCUGCUCAUCACGGGAUGCGACACGGGAUUUGGUUAUCGACUAGCGAAGCGACUCUCGCGCAAAGGCUUCCUGGUGUUCGCCAGUUGUCUCAGUUCCAACAGCGCUGGCGCAGAGGAGCUGAAGGCUCUUCCACACGUAGUUGUUUUGGAGCUGGAUGUGACAAAACAGGAGCAAGUGGACAAAGCCUUGGGUACGAUAAAAAAGCAUCUCGGCGAAAGGGAGCUCUGGGCGGUUGUUGCGAACGCCGGCAUCGCAAGCGCCGGCCUUUUGGAGUGGCUCACAAUGGACACGGUGAUCGACGUAUUCAACGUCAACGUCUUCGGAGUCCUUCGAGUCAUCAAGAAGUUCCUACCUCUCCUGAAGAAAUGCAAAGGCAGGGUUGUCGCUAUCGCGAGCCCAUUAGGCCACUUCACACUCCCCAUGAACGUGCCCUACUGCAUGUCGAAGCACGCCGUGGUAUCCAUGAUGGAUGGCCUCCGCCGAGAAUGUUAUGGCAAAGGGGUCGACUUCGUUACAGUGGAGCCUUCGGCUUACCGGACGUCCAUAUUUAAAACCGGCUCGGCUCCCAUGGACAUCGCGCUGCGAGAGUUCAAGCAACAAGAUCCAGAAUCCAUCGCUGACUACACUCACCAGGACAUAGAGGACUGGCUUAAGACCAACGAUAACACCUUCAGCACUUUCAUGAGAGAAGACCCUGAGGAAGCUGUCGACAUCAUCGAGAAAGCAGUCAGGGAAACUUGCCCUAAGUAUCUCUACCGGUCACCCUGUGGACGAGACGCACCCUACAUAUUCCUCGAGACGGCAUUACCCAGUGAAAUAACUAGCCUAAUCGCUGCCAUUACCCGGAAGAUUCAGCUCAGGAUGAAGUGACUGCCCUAGUCAGAAAUGAAUUCGUGAAAUUUUUUCACACGAAAUGUUGUCAUAAUGGUACUAAUGUUGGCGCCAGCUGCAAGCAAGCCUCAGCAAAUCAAUCACCAGAGGACUGUAACGGCGUGAAGCUUCUCUGUUCAACCACAAAGCUGAACAAUGCGCCAAUAAUUCCUGCUCAUGCGAACAUUGCUCUGAGGUUUUUAGAAGGGCUGGACAUUCUGAACGUUCGCAACGCACGCCAUGUUACCCCUUCAGUCACAAAUUAUGCCGGAGUCUUCUUAAGGCAACCUAAAUUAUGUUUUUUUUUAAAAAACAUGCCGCAAACAUUGCACGCACGAAGGGUGAGAACUGUACGAGUUGGAAUGUGUGCAUGAUCUGCCAGCGCAACAAGUAGACAUAGACGAAAAACAAGAGGCGUUCACGGGCGCUAUGACCACUUCUUGUUUUUCGUUCGUGCUAGCUAUUGCGAUGAGAGAUCAUGAACACAUUCCAGAAAGCACCCUUGGAACUGCACCAUAAACAUAUCACUCACAUCAAGCCAGCCGUCAAGUUUUACAAAUAUUAUCGCAAAUAUUGAUCUCUUAUACGUAAUGCGUUAAAUUAUGGAAAUAACUUUAAUAUUAGUCACAAAUAGAUGCGUUGGUUAUUAUUUUAUCGAUUGCCUUCUGACGCAGUAAUGAAUAUUAUUUACAGCAGUCACUUCGAUCAACACGUCUAAUAUCUCGUCGAAUCUGGUAGCUUGAUGAAAAAAGAGCGCUACGAAGACGAGGACGAAAGAACAACAUGUACGACAGACAAGGCGCUUCGCUUACCUUUUUUUCAUCAAGUAUGCUCAACCAACUCGCCCACAUCAAGCUUCUGCUGAAUCUGGUAGCGCACACUUUAUAAUACCCUGAUUCUGCAUUACCUUCCACUCGCAUGAUUUCUCACGUUGACUUAUUUUUUUGAGGAAUGGUUAAAUUUACAGUCUGGGUUAUCUUCGAAUUUUAUUUGAAGUCACCAGUCGGAACAUUCAAAAAGUAAUUUGCCUUUAUAUAUGGAGACACCGUCACCGAAAGCGUUACAUUGUGUAGUUUAGUGGUAACACACUACCAAUGAAAUGCGCUCUUGUGGGGGGUUCCGCUUUAAUUUCAACACCUCGUGUUCUUUAACCUGCUCUCAAAGCACGUUUACCCCAUCCCUUAUUCGAGCUAGUGGCUUUGCGUUCACUUUUCUUGUGAUAUGUAUGGCAUGCACUACCGGGCGCAAAAGAAACGCUGACGGAAAUGUGAUUAGAUCGGACAACAAACCAGUUGUUGAGUGGCACUUUUCCUGUCAGCUUGUGUCGUCCUUCCGAGUCACUGUUCUUUCUGCCACCGUCAGUGUGGGCCCUACAUAGCACAAGAUCCAUCCACCCAACGCACAGUGAAUGAGCGUUUAAUCUUUCUGUUCCAUCGGAAUACGACAGUGGCGGUCAGGACAGGGUGCGCAGACUCCCUAUACCUCCCUUGGGACAAUUGGUCCCAUCCCGAUAUACGCGGUGGCAGAGCAGCUUCCAACGCUGGCGGUUGCCGGAUAUCCAACGAGAAAUAAUUCACAAACAAAACAAUACCUCCAUGACGUCACCGAUGAGUUUAGAAGGUAGAACGGGAGGGCAUGCCGCCGGGAGGAGGAGGCCUUAUAGUGCACCAAUGUAGAGGCUUGCCGCGAAGCCCUCUUUUCAAACUUUGCGUGCAAACGGACUGCGUUCGUGCUCUCUUGCAGGUCUGCUGGCCGUGCGAGCGACAUUGGCCAAAUCGCGGAGCAGAAGCCACUGAAGAGACCCGUGUUUGCGAUCCGCUUUUUUUACCCUGAAAGCUUCGUUUACCUUGAAAGCUUCUAAACGUUUUUUACUGGAACAGCGCUCGUACACAACAGUGCCAAGCAACUAUAAUGAAAAACUUUUAUAUCGCAAACCGUCUCUUACAACCAAUAUUUGCAGGUAAUGUAUUAAUAUCAUCAUUUAGUGAAAAUAGCCACUCUGAAUUUCCUUACUUGUGCUUAAGUUUCGGGCUACUGUUCAACUAGACCACAGAUAUAGUGGUGGUAGUAUAAAGAAAGUAACUUCGCGGCACCAUCAAUCGUUGUGCACCAUCUAUAACGAUUGAUGGUGCCCGGAAGUUAUUUUCUUUACCAACUAAGGGCCGUCCAGAGGGCCCAUGAUGUCGCUGAAAGGCUUGGCCUGACAGUGCCAACGUGGGAGCGGCCCGCCUUGGUUUAAGAAGUCGAGCCUCCGGACCUCAUUACAAUAAAAGUUUUC